UACCCUGGACUCAAACGACAGGUUGUGAGUGUCCCUUGUGAGUGGGGAAGUACUUGCGUCUUUAACGGAAUUCCAACCGCAGCAACUAGAGGCAAAGACACGCUACAAUCAGCAUUUGGACAUCAGUAUAAAGAUGACGAGCUCAAUGAAUGGGAACAGGUAAAAUCUGAUCGAGACAGCGACGCUGUUUCCGAAAAAGCACAAAAUAGGACAAUUCCAAUUCCUUGGAAGCAAUAUUUCCCCGGUAAAACUUCCGGGUUAACUUUCAUCAUAAAACAUGAAGACUAUUACGAAGAAGCCUGCAUCCACGGUGAAGGAGUUGGUCUCAUGGUUGAGGUAAAUCACCCGUUUGACGAACCUCAAAUACACCGUUUUGGGGCUCCCAUCGCGUUUGGCGUGGAAGCCUACGUCGCCGUGCGUCCAACCGUUUACUUGGCAGAUGGUGAAAUAAAGGAAGACGUUGAUCAGAGUAACCGUCGUUGUUAUUUCAGCGACGAAGGUGGCAUGGCUCAUUUAGAAUAUUACAAAAAGUAUUCCAAGCAGAAUUGCUUGUCCGAAUGUUUCUCAAAAAAAGUUACCAAAGCCUGCAACUGUACAAUGGUCACUUAUCCGGGAAAACCUGGGCAUAGAUUGUGUACAGUGAACGAAAUGAAAACCUGCGUCCAUGAGCAAGAACAAACCUUAUUCAAGGAAGGACUUGCAACGAAAUGUCAAGAAUGUCGUCCAAAUUGUCGGGAUACAAAAUACGAGAUGAAGAUAUCUUCGAGCCCCAUGUCCGAAACCACCAUGAAGGACUGGAACAUACCUGAUAAAGCCAGCUUUUCUAUUGUUCGCGUGUACUUUGAAACGGAUUCUGUCCAAGCCUUGAGAAGGAGCUCGCGUUACAAUUGGUUUGAAGUAACUGGUUUGAAUGGAGGAACAAUUUCAAUGGUGACAGGAAUCUCCUUGUUGGACAUCGUCAAAGGUAUCGCGACCGCUAUUACCGCAUUAGCUGGUCAGUAUUUUUUAAUGACCCAACAACCGGAUGGACGCGUGAAUGAGGAAACGAGUCCGAGACGCGAUCGUGACAUCGUCGUAGUUCCUCCACCCGCUUUUGUUAUCGAUGUCCAACCACGCGCACCCACACCACCGCCCCAGUAUCGUCCAGUGGACCCUUUCCCUGAUCUAUAAAAAAUGCCAUCAAACUAUUGCCAAAUAUUGAAAUUUUGAUCAUUCUGUGUGCUAGUCUUUAUUCUUAUAAAAAUAGUUGUGAUACAUAAUUGUGAUGGAAAGAAGAAAUUAGUUUCCGAGCUUAUAUAAUUAAAAAAUGCUUCACUAGUCCUGAAUUGUCGACAUAAAGUAAUUAAAAUUAUGAUAAAUUAUUGCUCAAUUUUCGAGCUUAUAUAAUUAAGGAAUGCUUCACUUGUCCAUAUAAAAUAUUAAA